AUGGAUGUGACCAAGAAAAACAAGCGAGAUGGCACUGAAGUCACAGAAAGAAUUAUCACGGAAACAGUAACUACAAGACUCACAUCCUUACCACCAAAAGGGAGCACCAGCAAUGGACACCUUAAGACAGGCUCUCUCAGUGGAGGAGGUCGGCUAGAGAAACAAAGCCUGACUCACGGCAGCAGCGGCUACAUCAACUCAAGUGGGAGCAUCCGGGGCAACGCUUCCACCUCCAGUUACAGGAGAGCUCACUCACCGGCCUCUACCCUGCCCAACUCUCCAGGCUCCACCUUUGAAAGGAAAACUCACAUGACCCGCCAUGGAACUUACGAAGGGAGCUCCAGCGGUAACUCCUCCCCUGAGUACCCACGGAAGGAACUCGCAUCUUCUUCAACCAGAGGACGAAGCCAAACACGAGAGAGCGAGAUUCGAGUUCGACUGCAGAGCACGUCACCAUCCACCAGAUGGACAGAACUGGAUGAAGUCAAGCGUUUGCUUAAGGGGAGCCGAUCUGCAAGUGCAAGCCCCACCAGGAACACCUCCAACACACUCCCCAUCCCCAAGAAAGGCGCUGUAGAGACCAAGACGGUGACAGCAAGCUCCCACUCGGUAUCAGGAACCUAUGACACGACAGUACUGGACACCAACCUUCCCUCCCACAUGUGGUCCUCCACCUUGCCUGCAGGGUCCUCCAUGGGGACCUAUCACAACAACCUGACAACCCAGAGCUCGUCCCUCCUGAACACCAAUGCCUACUCAGCAGGAUCAGUCUUCGGAAUGCCAAAUAACAUGGCGUCCUGCUCCCCCACCCUGCCCCCCGGACUCAGCAGCUGCUCCUCAGUGUUUGGGAUGCAGAACAAUCUGGCCCCCAGCUCUUCUGUCCUAUCUCAUGGCACAGCUACCACUUCCACAGCAUAUGGUGUGAGGAAAAACGUGUCACAGCCACCCACAGUCACCAGCACCGGUGUGUCCACCUCUGCCACCUGUACCACCAGUGUCCAGAGCGAUGACCUCCUGCAUAAAGACUGUAAGUUCCUGAUUCUGGAGAAAGACAACGUGCCAGCCAAGAAGGAGAUGGAACUCUUGAUCAUGACCAAGGACAGUGGGAAGGUCUUUACCGCCUCCCCUGCCAGCAUCUCCUCAACUUCUUUUACAGAAGACACCCUGAAAAAAGAAAAGCAGGCUGCAUACGCAGCUGACACCUGCCUAAAGGCAGAUAUAAAUGGAGACCUAAAUACUGUGUCCACAAAGGGCAAGGCCACCUCCGUAGAAAACCACAACUAUGACCGAGGUGGCGGUGGUGGCAGAGGCAAAGGAGGCCACGGCAGCGGCGGUGGUGGCGGUGCCUCGGGUGGCGGAGGAGCCUGGGGGGCUGCACCUGCCUGGUGCCCCUGUGGCUCCUGCUGCAGCUGGUGGAAGUGGCUGCUGGGCCUGCUGCUCACCUGGCUGCUGCUGCUGGGUCUGCUCUUCGGCCUCAUUGCUCUGGCGGAGGAGGUGAGGAAGCUGAAAGCCCGGGUAGAUGAGCUGGAGAAGAGCAGGGUGCACUAUUCUGAAGACAAGAUGGAGAGAAGCAACAAGGACCGCCUCCUGGGUGAGGCGCCCUUCGUGGGACCUGGACUAGGCAAAGCUGAGCUGGAUGGCCACAGCCAGGAGGCGAUCUGGCUGUUUAUAAGGAACAAGCUGAUGACAGAGCAGGAAAACGGAAAUCUCAGAGGAAACCCUGGUCCAAAAGGUGACACGGGAAGUCAAGGCCCUAAAGGAGACCGAGGCCUUCCUGGGACUAUAGGUGCCCCUGGGCCCCUGGGCCACCCCGGCCCGCAAGGACCGAAGGGACAAAAAGGCAGCAUAGGAGAUCCUGGCAUGGAGGGACCCAUCGGCCAGAGAGGACUAGAAGGCCCCAUGGGACCCCGUGGUGAACCUGGGCCUCCAGGGUCUGGAGAGAAAGGAGACAGAGGGAUUGCUGGAGAACAAGGUCCUCGAGGCCUUCCUGGUGUCCCAGGUUCUGUGGGUCCCAGAGGUCCCAAUGGCUCUCCUGGUCCCCAGGGACCCCCAGGCUCUAUGGGUCCCCAAGGGCUCCGAGGUGAAGUGGGACUCCCUGGUGUCAAAGGUGACAAAGGACUUAUGGGACCACCAGGACCCAAAGGUGAUCAGGGUGAGAAAGGACCCAGAGGCCUCACAGGGGAGCCUGGCAUCAGAGGGUUACCUGGAGCUGUGGGUGAACCUGGAGCCAAAGGCGCAAUGGGUCCCGCUGGCCCUGACGGACAGCAAGGCCCCAGAGGUGAGCAAGGCCUGACAGGGAUGCCUGGAACCCGAGGCCUCCCAGGACCCUCUGGAGAGCCAGGAAAGCCAGGUCUUACAGGACCCCAAGGACCUCAGGGACUUCCUGGUAGCCCUGGCCGACCAGGGACUAAAGGUGAACCUGGCGCUCCAGGCAGAGUUGUGACUUCAGAGGGAUCAUCAACAAUCACUGUCCCCGGACCUCCCGGACCUCCUGGUGCCAUGGGACCCCCAGGACCUCCAGGGACCCCAGGUCCUGCUGGCCCUGCUGGUCUCCCGGGACAACAAGGCCCACGAGGGGAGCCAGGACUUGCCGGUGACUCAUUCAUAACCAGUGGCAGCUCUAUCUCCGAGGUCCUCUCUGCCCAAGGUGUCGACUUACGGGGUCCUCCAGGCCCACCUGGUCCACGAGGACCACCAGGGCCUGCAAUCCCAGGCCCACCAGGACCCAGAGGCCCUCCAGGGGAAGGCGCGCCAGGCCCACCGGGCCCACCAGGAUCGUUCCUGGCUGACUCAGAAACCUUCUUCUCUGGCCCUCCGGGCCCACCUGGCCCCCCAGGUCCCAAGGGAGACCAAGGUGAUCCUGGUGUCCCAGGUACCCCUGGCAUCCCUGGUGGUCGCUCUCACGGGGAAUCAUCCAGCACUCUGUACAUGCAGGGCCCACCUGGCCCUCCAGGGCCCCCUGGGCCUCCAGGCUCCUUCAGCAGCUCUGGCCAGGAUAUCCAGAACUACAUCGCAGAGUACAUGCAGAGUGACAGCAUCAGGACUCAUCUCUCUGGAGUCCAGGGUCCCCCAGGCCCACCAGGGCCCCCAGGGCCUGUCAUCACCAUCACAGGAGAGACUCUGGACUACUCCCAGCUGGCAAGCCAGGUGGUCAGCUACUUGCGGACGUCUGGCUACGGGGUCAGCUUGUCCUCUGCCUCCUCAGAAGAUAUCCUGGCCAUGCUGCGACGGAAUGAUGUAUGGCAGUAUCUACGUCAGCACCUGGUGGGGCCCCCAGGUCCCCCAGGGCCACCAGGAGUUGGUGGAGAUGGGUCCCUCCUGUCCUUGGACUAUGGAGAGCUGAGCAGACACAUUCUCAAUUAUAUGUCAAGUUCUGGAAUCAGCUUUGGGCAUCCUGGUCCACCAGGACCCCCUGGCCUGCCAGGGACAUCCUACGAGGAACUACUCACCAUGCUCCGAGGGUCUGACUAUAGGGACAUCAUUGGACCUCCAGGACCCCCUGGACCACCCGGGAUGCCAGGCAGCGCGUGGUCCAGCAUCAGCGUGGAGGACCUCUCGUCUUAUUUGCACACUGCUGGCUUGUCCUCCAUCCCAGGCCCUCCAGGUCCUCCUGGACCCCCAGGUCCUCGAGGGCCCCCAGGUGUCUCAGCAGCUCUGGCCACCUAUGCGGCUGAAAACAGUGAUAACUUCCGCAGCGAGCUGAUUAGCUACCUCACAAGUCCUGAUGUCCGCAGCUUCAUCAUCGGCCCUCCAGGCCCUCCAGGGCCCCAAGGACCACCUGGAGAUGGUCAUUUAAGGGAGAACUACAAUUGGGGUAGCAGCUCCUCAGCUAGACGGGGCACUUCCUACAGCUCUUCCAUGGGCACAGGGGGAGCCAAUGAAGGCUCCCUGGGCGAAGGUGGAACCUUUGGAGAUGGGGGCCCCUACGGUACUGACAUCGGCCCAGGCGGAGGUUAUGGGGCAGGGGCAGGUGGCAUAUAUGGCACCGAUGGCGAUUCAUUCCGGGCUGGCUUCACUGGAGACCUGGAUUACAACAAGCUGGCAGUGCAGGUGUCAGAGAGCAUGCAGCGUCAAGGUCUACUACAAGGGAUGGCCUACACUGUCCAGGGCCCACCAGGCCCUCCUGGGCCCCAAGGUCCCCCCGGCAUCAGCAAGGUCUUCUCUGCCUACAGCAACGUGACACAGGACCUCAUGGACUUCUUCCGGACGUAUGGAGCCAUUCCAGGCCCACCUGGGCAAAAGGGAGAGGUGGGCAGGCCAGGACCCAAAGGUGACAGGGGCCUUGCUGGACAACGAGGUCCUCCUGGGCUACCUGGCCCUCGAGGGCAAAAAGGAGAGAAAGGAGACAGGGGAGACCAAGUGUACGCUGGGAGAAGGAAGAGAAGAAGUAUUGCCAUCAAGCCAUAA